AAAGAUAGCAGUCUGAGUGCGUCACUUCCGGUGUUCCCUCCUUUCUCCCAGCCUCUACCGACUGUGUGGCCCGCGUGUUUACACACUCCCAGAUGAAGGAGUCGAUAAUGAACCAGGAGAAGCUCGCCAAACUGCAGGCGCAAGUCCGCAUUGGCGGCAAGGGGUCAGCCCGCAGAAAGAAGAAGGUGGUGCACAGAACAGCUACAGCAGAUGACAAGAAGCUGCAGUUCUCCCUCAAGAAACUGGGAGUCAACAACAUCUCUGGCAUUGAAGAGGUGAACAUGUUCACAAACCAGGGGACAGUGAUCCACUUCAAUAACCCAAAGGUUCAGGCCUCCUUGGCAGCCAACACCUUUACGAUCACAGGGCAUGCCGAGAACAAGCAGCUCACAGAGAUGCUCCCAGGAAUCCUAAACCAACUGGGAGCUGACAGUCUGACCAGCCUCAGGAGAUUAGCAGAGAACCUUCCAAAACCAGCUGGAGACAACAAAGCCCCCAUGGUUGCUGUUGAGGAGGAGGAUGAUGAAGUUCCAGAUCUUGUUGAAAACUUUGACGAGGCAUCAAAGGACGAGGCAAACUAACGAACACCAGUAAACAUUUCAGAGCUCCUCCUGACUCGCCGUACUUCAACACAGCAGCAUUUUGUAUUCGUUCAUCUCUGUGGCUACAAACAAAAGUUGCUUUUUAAUUGUGACCUUGACAAUUGGACUAAAUCAAGUAGAAUUGACUUUUUAUGGCUACUGUUACCCACCCUUUUGUCUGAUUUGCCUCGUUCUGCAAUACAAGUGAAAUUAUUUAAUUCAGUGGAAUGUGCAAACCUUUCUCUCUCACGCUGCCUCUCCUGCAUUAUGACGCCCACACAUCAAACAUGUAUUGGUGGAAUAAAUCAUUUAAUAAAGAUUACAUUUACAUUUCA